AUGACACCAUUUGAGGAAACGGCCGUCGAGGGAUCUAAAGUCGAGGCCGCCCCAAACUAUGGAGAUGAGAAUGCAAUCGACAAGGUGAACAUCAAUGAAAGUCUCCGAUACAGGAGCCUUGGGGUCGAAAAUCAAAGUGCCGAUACGAGUGAGAGAGAUGAGAGGCCUGAUGACAAUAAUGGGGAAGGUGCCGCUUCCGGUUUCAAGCAAACCCAUCCUAAUGUACCUUCGAAAAUACCUGCAGGUCACUUUCUCUCUGUGUCGUCAUCCACAGGCAAGACCUGGAAGGGCAAAACAAUUCCCACCCGUCUCUGA